GCUAAUGUUUCCGGACAAAUCCUUUUGACCAGAUCCUCACAACAAAAACUAUUUUCCUUUUCUAUUUUGUUCUUUUGUUUCUGAUUUCAAUUAAAUAAAAGUAGGGAUCGGAAUCAACCUUAGAGAGUAGACAAAGCACCAUCAUAAUUCAACCAUCUUCAUCUCCAUAUCUUUCACUCCUAAUCAAUUCCAUUAUAUCCUAUAUUAAAUCCACAUAUUGAAAUUAAGAAAUAGUUGGAGUGUUUGUCUGUAUUGGUAAAUAGGUUAUGAAACAAAGGUGAUAUUAGGGGUAGAUGGAGGAACCACCUCAACUUGUACUAAAAGAAGGGGAAUUUGCUUCCCUUUUUUUGCUAAAAUGGGCUGAAAAAGACAUGUCAAAAUGGGACUAUAAUCGUUCCUCGCUAUUGGAUGCACAAAACUGAAGAAGUAAGAAAGGCGUUCCAGAUAAGGAGUCAACAUUGUACAUUAUCUAUUACAGAAUAAGGAAUAUAGACUUAAUAUUAAUGAGAUAACUCCGUAAACGAGAGAGUGGACAUGCAAAGUACAACUUAUUGAAAAAGCUAGAGUAAGACAGAGUAAGGAUGGGCGGAUACGAUUUCAAAUCAUGAUUGCGCAAGAUGAGACGGAAGAACAAGUUGUUGUUGUUUUGUAUGGAGAUGACAUAGGAAAAUAUGAAAAGAAAUUCACUCCCUUCAGCACAUAUUUGAUAUCAACCGCAAAAGUUAGAGCACCUCUACCCUAUGGAAUUCCUAUUAAUAGGUUUGAAUGGGUUCUAGAUAGAUUUACUGUUGCUGAACAAGUAAAAGGAGACAAUGUAGAGGAUCCACCAUUGCCUGCUCCAACAAGAUUAAACACAGUAUCUUUAGCGAAUCUGGACCAAAAGCCACGACAUGUGGAGUUUGAUAUACUUGUUGUUGUUGUGAGUUGUGGUGCAAUAAAGAUUGCUGGCGUCCAUGGAAACAAAUGUCGACAAAUCAUUGUCAUGGAUACAAAUAUGCACCAUUGUAUGUUUACCUUGUGGGAGGACUUUGCUGAGAUUGAUGGAAGCGACCUAGCUGCACAAAUUGAAGAACAUCCGGUAAUCCUAGCAAAACGAAUUGCAUGGUCUUCAUAUGCUGGGACAUCCUUUACAACAAGAUACAAUUCUGUAAUAUUAAUAAAUCCAUUAUAUCCAUAGGCUGCAGAAUUGAUGAACUGGGCGAAAGAGAAUGAAGAAAUGUUGAGCACAUAUACGCAAAGAAUUUCUCCGGAAAUAGCUUUAUCGCCAAUUCUUAUAUCACUAAAUGAUGAGGCUAUACCUAUAGGAAAUAUCCAAUCACAACCUGCGAUGCAAUCUUUUCACGUUGAAGGUAAAAUAUCGUUGCUGGAUAAUGAGCAGCUGUUUUAUGAGUUAAUGUGUUCAAAAUGCAAGAACUUUGUUAGGACCAAAAUAAUAAAGGCUAUUGACUGUGUAAACUGUGAUCAGCAAGCGAUGUUAACACCCAGGUGCCGCUUUCAAGUCCAAAUUGCAGAUGGAAGUGGAUCAAUAAUUGCAACAUUAGUAGGUGAACCUGGAAAAAAUCUUCUUUCAAUGAAAGCUGAACAAAUCUACGAAACAAUUAACAUAAAGAACGAAUCAUUGCCCCUUCCGGAUAUUCAACAACAUCUUGCUGACAAAGUGUUUAAAGUACAACUGAAGAAAUCUUUUUCUAGGAAUUCUGAUGAAACACCAGCAAAACUGUUCAUUUUGUCAUUUGCUGAGAAGCAGGAUACUCUCCAAUUGCCAGCAGUAUCAACUUCUACAAAUGCUGGAGAAAGCAGUAAAAGAGAACUUGACAAGGUAUCAUCAUCAGAAGAACAAAAGAAGCUAAUAAUUGGAAGUACCUCAUCUGGAAAGAGACAACAUACUAAGCGAACAACUCCAACAAAAAAAAAACUACAUCUUCUAGCAAAAGAGAGGGUAUCGAACCAGUCGCUCCAACUAAGAAAAAUUAAAGUUCACUAUGACUGUGGCGAGCUUGUACAUACGUCUUUAGGUGGCUUGUACAUACCAAACUUUUGAUGGUCCAGAUGGUCAUGGAUCUGCAGUUAAAAUAUACAGGACUAUCCGUGCUUAUAGCUUUUAGCCUUAGUUUUGCCCACUGUGAAAAUGUGUUUUUGUCAAAUAGCACAAUUUGGGAGUGCUGUACCUAUAAUCUAAACUGCUUGUUGCAAAAUGCAAUGUAAAUAUAAUCUACUUUUUGGUUUGAAUUA